AUGUGUGGAAGAUACGCGCUUGGCGUGGUGAGCCUGAUACGCCUGUCCCCACCUCUUAUAUACACAUAUGAUCUAACCAACAAGGAACGACAGCGCUUAGCCUUCAUCCAACAGCAGCUUCAAGAACGAGGGCUGCAAGUCGAUGAAGCACCAGAUGAUGAUGAAGUCCGUGAAACAUACAAUUUUGCACCCGGGAAUAUUGGUGUGGUGUAUCGCGCCGAGGCUACCGGCGCCAAGGAGCCAUCUGAAAAAGAUAACGAAGCGCGCAAUGAGCCUCAACAGACUGCUCCAGCAAGUGAAGUCCAAGGUGAUACCGGGAAAAAUGGCUCGGCGUCUGGAGUACAUCCCAAAUACAAACUUCAGGGCAUGAAGUGGGGGUUGAUUCCUUUCUGGACGAAACGACAGCCUGACUACGGCUCCAUGAUGCGCACCAUCAAUUGUCGGGAUGACUCGCUUACUGAGAAUCGAGGCAUGUGGACGACUAUGAAGCAGCGCAAAAGAUGCCUGGUGAUAUGUCAAGGCUUCUAUGAAUGGCUGAAGAAGGGACCGGGUGGUAAGGAGAAAGUUCCGCAUUUCGUUCGGCGAAAGGAUGGUGAUUUGAUGUGUUUCGCUGGGUUGUGGGAUUGCGUCCAAUAUGAAGGAUCCGACCAGAAGCUCUACACAUACACAGUGAUCACAACAUCUUCCAACUCGUACCUGAACUUCCUGCAUGACAGGAUGCCCGUGAUCCUCGAUUACGGCAGUGAUGCAAUGCGAAAAUGGCUCGAUCCCUCGCGAAAGACUUGGUCCAGUGAACUACAGUCCAUCUUGAAGCCUUACGAGGGUGAACUCGAAUGCUUCCCUGUGUCCAAAGAAGUGGGCAAAGUCGGAAAUAACUCACCCGAUUUUAUUAUCCCAGUCGACAGUAAAGAAAAUAAAAGCAAUAUCGCCAAUUUCUUCGCCAAUUCCAAGAGCAAAGACGCUUCACCGAAGAAACAUACUGAUAUUAAGGUCGAGGACGUCAAGGCUGAACAACGAGAUGCUCCGCAUGGCAUCAAGAGGGAGCUCUCACUCGAAGGUCUCAAUCCUGAUGAAGGCAACGAGAACAAAAAAAGAAGAUCCACCAAGAUACCAUUUCUCCCUCGCCACAGAAAGGCCGGGCGAGGAGUGCCACCCAUAAUACGCCAUGGAAAAAGUCGAGCGGAUCGAAGCCCGCAGAUGGAUCUCAGAGAAUAA